CUUGUUGUCUUCAUGUGUAAGGAUCCUUGGGGCAGGGACUGUCUUCGUGUAUGUAUAGCAGUGUCCUUGUAUGUUGUGGGUGCUACUGGGCUACAAAUGAUUAAUGAAGUAUUGAUAUCUCUACAGAGCAAAAGAAUAAAUAUGUGAGGGAGUCUGUAUUAUAGUCCCUCAUUAAAUAUUGGAGUAUAGUUAGCCUGUGGGGAGGGUGAGAGAGUUUUGUGAACCAGUGGACUAGGAAGGUGAUGAUAUUGAUGGGUGAAUUUGUGGAAGAAACUUUCCAUCAAUGCAUUUGACUAUAACUGUCACUUGGACCUGAUAAAACUGCUCCGCCAGGAAGGAGAGCUGGUAAAGCUUAGAAGAGCCCGCCAGAAGAUGAGUGAACUCUUUCCACUUACUGAAGAAAUUUGGCUGGACUGGUUGAAGGAUGAGAUAAGAAUGGCUUCUGAAAGCACCGAUCGCGAGAAGGUUUAUGAGCUGUUUGAGAGAGCUGUGAAAGACUAUAUCUGUCCUGAAAUCUGGCUCGAGUAUGCUCAGUAUUCGAUUGGUGGCAUUGGUCAGGAAGGUGGAAUUGAGAAAGUUCGCUCCAUUUUCGAAAGAGCGCUGACUGCAGUUGGCUUACAUGUGACAAAAGGAACAGCAAUCUGGGAAGCUUACCGCGAGUUUGAAAACGCCAUUUUGGAAACAGUACAGCCAGCUGCUGGCAGUAUUCCUUCCCCUGAACAGCAGCAGACACUCUGUGCACAGCUUGAGAAGAUCCACACACUGUUUAGGCGCCAGCUGGGGCUCCCGCUGCUAGACAUGGAAGCCACAUAUGCUGAAUAUGAAGAGUGGUCAGAGGAUCCUAUACCUGAAGCAGUAAUAAAGAACUACAAGAAAGCACUGCAGCAGAUGGAAAAGAGUAAACCAUAUGAAGAGGCACUGCUGGUUGCUGAAACACCAAAGCUAGCAGAAUAUCAAGCCUAUAUUGACUUUGAAAUGAAAGCAGGGGAUCCAGCUCGCAUUCAGUUAAUCUAUGAGCGUGCCCUGGCUGAGAACUGUCUUGUGCCUGAUCUGUGGGCACGUUACAAUCAGUAUUUGGACCGGCAGUUGAAAGUAAAAGAAUUGGUACUCUCCGCACAUGAUCGAGCUGUUCGGAAUUGUCCCUGGACUGUCGGGCUGUGGAAUCGGUACCUUUUAGCAAUGGAGAGGCACAGAGUUGAUCAUCAGAUUGUUUCUGACAACUUUGAAAAGGCUUUGAAUGCUGGUUUUAUUCAGGCUACGGAUUAUGUAGAGAUCUGGCAGGCAUAUCUUGAUUAUCUAAGAAGAAGGGUGGAUUUUACUCAAGACUCAAGUAAAGAACUAGAAGAGCUGAGGUCUGCAUUUGCACGUGCAGUGGAAUAUUUAAAACAAGAAGUGGAAGAACGUUUUAGUGAAAGUGGGGAUCCGUCCUGCACUAUAAUGCAGAACUGGGCAAGGAUUGAGGCUCGCCUGUGUAACAAUAUGCAGAAGGCCAGAGAGCUCUGGGACAGCAUUAUGACUAAAGGGAAUGCCAAAUAUGCCAAUAUGUGGUUAGAAUAUUAUAACUUGGAACGGGCCCAUGGAGAUACCCAGCACUGUAGGAAGGCCUUGCAUCGAGCUGUGCAGUGCACAAGUGACUAUCCAGAGCAUGUCUGUGAGGUGCUGCUAUCUCUUGAGAGGAUAGAAGGCACUUUAGAGGACUGGGAUGCAGCUGUUCAAAAAACAGAAAAUAGACUAGCUCGAGUUAAUGAACAAAGAGUAAAGGCUGCUGAGAAGGAAGCUGCUCUUGUGAAGCAGGAAGAAGAAAAAGCUGAACAACGAAAGCAGGCUCGGGCUGAGAAAAAAGCUUCAAAAAAGGCUAAAAAAAUGAAACCUGGAGACAAACGCAAAGUAGAAGAUGAUGACGACGGAGAGUGGGGGCAAGAGGAGGAAGCAGAGCAGCCUAGCAAGAGACACAAGGGUGAUGGUGACAGUACGCAUGCUGAAGAAGAGGUGGAAGAUAUGGAGGUAGAAACCGGCCUGUUUGGAAGAAGUACACCUGCAAGACCAGCUGCUUCCUCUAAACAAAAGGAAAAGGCAGCUGCAAGCCGAAAAGACGCUCCCAGAGUUCUCCAUGACAGUGCUAAAGAUAAUGUCACUGUUUUUGUCAGCAAUCUUUCUUAUAGCAUGGCAGACCCUGAAGUGAAACUGAAAGAGCUCUUUGAGAGCUGUGGGGAAGUGGUGGAAAUCCGCCCCAUAUUUUCUAACAGGGGGACUUUCCGGGGCUACUGCUAUGUAGAAUUUGUGGAUGAAAAAUCAGCUCUACAGGCCCUGGGAUUGGAUCGCAGGAUUGUGGAGGGGAGGCCAAUGUUUGUGUCUCCCUGUGUUGACAAGAACAAGAAUCCAGAUUUUAAGGUGUUCAGGUACAGCACUGCACUAGAGAAGCAUAAACUAUUUAUUUCUGGUUUGCCAUUCUCCUGCACUAAAGAAGAGCUGGAGGAGAUGUGUAAAGCACAUGGAAAUGUGAAAGACAUUAGGCUAGUCACUAAUCGAGCUGGGAAACCUAAGGGCCUGGCCUAUGUAGAGUACGAAAAUGAAGCGCAGGCCUCGCAGGCGGUAUUGAAAAUGGAUGGCCUGACAAUUAAGGAAAAUGUCAUUAAGGUGGCAAUCAGUAAUCCACCUCUCCGAAAAUUCCCAGACAAACCUGAGGCAGGGAGAGCCUCGCAGUCUAUGGUACCACGACAGAUUUAUGGAGCACGGGGGAAGGGAAGAACUCAGCUCUCAAUGGUGCCUCGUGCAUUACAGCGCCAGAGCAAUCUUGUGACAAAGGCGGAGAAUGGGAUGGUUCAGAAUUCACCGGCAACUUCAUCUGCAGCCACUGAGGAGCCUAAAAAGAUGUCCAAUGCUGAUUUUGCCAGGAUGCUACUGGAAAAGUGAGCAAGAGUAAAAUGAGAGAUGCCUUUUUGGAAGCCAUGUUGUGUCCUUAUUUAUGCUAGCAAGAGAAACCGCCAAUCACACUCGUGUAAAUACUUCUCUGGACUGUUGCAUUCACCAAGAUCCAGAAUGGGGCUGUACAAAUCCAGUUGUUUAUUUUUCUCUGAGAGCAAAGAGGUAUGUUUCUUGUUCCGGUAAAAUGGCUUUAAAUGAUCCCUCAUAUUGAGGGUAAUGGGAGGGGAAUCUUCACUUUACAGAUUGGGUACUAUAUGAAGUUUUAUGGAGUAUUCUUUUUUACUUUUUUAAAGAAUGAGACAGUUGAGUGAAAGCUUAAUGCUGUGAUUGUAGAGCCCCAAUGGUCACCAGGGUUUGGUUGGUGAUGGUAGACAGCCCCUGUGGCAACAUACAACCCAUCGUAAACACACACACACUGACUUACUUCAGAAGUCAUGGGCCCGUACACCACCUUCCAUUUAAAAAGUUCAUAUGGCAGAUGCUAGUAACUUCACCACAAUGGCCUAUUUUAGUAUUAAGAGAGGGGAGGGAAUUCUAUAAAAAUGUAUUCAAUUGAUGUUCUGCUCAAGUUGGUCUGUUUUUAUAUUGUGUGUUUGUAAAUGACAUUCAAACUAUUAUUUUUAAGCUUCAUAAACAACAUUAGAGCUGGUAACUUUGUUUCAUGUAAAAGCUGUAUAUUCUACUGCGGACCAUUUUACCUUUUGUUUGCUAAAUGACUAUUCCAUGUCUUGACAGUUGGUUUCUGUAUGGUUUACUUCUUGAAUUUUGUUUUGUACACAAUGUGAAGUGCGAGUUAUUGCUUUAUUAAACUAAAGUUCUCAAAGGUU